GAGGGCAGGAUGAAUCUCGUCUUUGGGAGUCUGCCAAUAACAACCACGGCAUCGAGGCUACGCGGAGCAUUUUACUACCGACACAAGACGAAGAGGAAGCCCGGCGAGCAAGACACAAGCUCGGCUUCGACUGUCAAGCCAAUCUGGAUUCGGGUUUAUUCCUUCAGGAUUGUUAGUUAGUUUGUUUGUUUGUUUGUUUGUUUGUUUUCACACACAGGCUUUUUUUGCCUUUCAAAAGCUGAUAGCCCCAAGGCUGCUGCUCAGGAGUAGUAACUGGAUUUAUUCGUCUCUCGACUGGAUUAUCACAUUGGAGCGAGCCCAAUUAAAUCAGAACGACUGCACCUGUUUGUUGAAAGUGGUGGGUGCACCGAGGACUGUGAGGGUGUGUGUGGUAGGACAGCACCAAGUGACCGAACCUCCGCCGAGAGCAAAGACGAACCGAGAAGUUGUGCAUCUUGACGGGGGAAAUCUGCCAACAUGCCGCUCGCACAGAUUGCCGAACCGUGGCCCACCAUGGAAUUGGUCCAGCUGGAAACGGAGAAUGGCCAGAGCACUGCUGAAGACGGAGUCACACCUGCUGUCAAGGAAGAUGGUGAAAUCAAGGAAAUCGACAUCACCCAUGUGGUCAAAGAGGGUUCGGAAAAAGCAGACGCGUCCCACUUUGAACUGCUCAAAGUUUUGGGCCAGGGCUCCUUCGGGAAGGUUUUCCUAGUGCGCAAGGUGACCCCUCCUGAUGAUAAUCAGCUCUAUGCCAUGAAGGUCCUCAAGAAAGCUACACUCAAAGUGAGAGAUCGUGUGAGGACUAAAAUGGAGAGAAAUAUCCUUGCUGAUGUCAAUCAUCCGUUCAUUGUCAAGCUGCAUUAUGCAUUCCAGACUGAAGGCAAACUCUACUUGAUCCUGGACUUCUUGCGAGGAGGCGAUCUCUUCACCCGCCUGUCUAAAGAGGUGGGAAUCCCCUCUGUUUCUUCAUGCUGCGUGCUGUUCAGGCUUUUUGAAGCAUCAUUUCAUCUGUUUUUUUCGCAGGUGAUGUUCACCGAGGAGGAUGUCAAGUUUUACCUCGCGGAGCUGGCACUGGGCCUCGACCACCUCCACAGCUUGGGCAUUAUGUACAGAGACCUGAAGCCUGAAAACAUUCUCCUGGAUGAAGAAGGUCACAUCAAACUCACAGAUUUUGGUCUGUGCAAAGAGGGCAUUGACCACCAUGAGAAGGCCUACUCCUUCUGUGGAACUGUGGAGUACAUGGCACCUGAAGUUGUCAGCAGGGCAGGGCACACCCACAGCGCCGACUGGUGGUCAUUCGGAGUACUGAUGUUUGAAAUGUUGACCGGGUCGCUGCCUUUUCACGGGAAAGACCGCAAAGAAACGAUGAACAUGAUUCUCAAAGCGCGUCUGGGAAUGCCUCAGUUCCUCAGCGCGGAAGCCCAGUCUCUGCUCCGAGCUCUGUUCAAGAGGAAUCCCGGCAACAGACUGGGAUCGGGUCCAGACGGAGCAGAGGAAAUCAAACGUCACGGAUGGUUUUCCAACAUUGAUUGGAAUAAACUGUUUCGCCGAGAAGUAAAACCGCCGUUCAAACCAGCAGUGGCACGUCCAGAUGACACGUUCUACUUUGACUCAGAGUUCACCUCCCGCACCCCUAAAGACUCACCCGGUGUGCCACCGAGUGCCGGAGCUCACCAGCUCUUUCGAGGCUUUAGCUUUAUUGCGUCCAGCUUGUUGGAGGACGAAGGUGCAGGCGAGCCCGCGCAGCCCCCGCCGCAUCCGGUGGUCCAGCAACUACACGGGAAGAACUUACUGUUCAGCGACGGCUACGUUCUGAAGGAGGAUAUCGGCAUGGGCUCCUUCUCAGUGUGUAAGCGAUGUGUCCACAAGGCCACCAACACGGAAUACGCAGUCAAGAUGAUCGACAAAACCAGCACAGACCCAUCUGAGGAGAUCGAGAUCCUACUUCGAUACGGACAGCACCCUAAUAUUAUAACGCUGAAAGAUGUGUACGACACCGGCAAGCAAGUGUUCCUGGUGACGGAGCUAAUGCGCGGAGGAGAGUUGCUCGAUCGGAUUCUCAAACAGAAGUCCUUUUCGGAGAGGGAAGCCAGCGCCGUGCUGCACACCAUCACCAAAACAGUAGAAUACCUUCACUCGCAAGGGGUGGUGCACAGAGACCUGAAGCCCAGCAACAUCCUGUACGUGGACGAGUCAGGGAACCCAGAGUCCAUUCGGAUCUGCGAUUUUGGCUUUGCUAAGCAGCUGCGCGCCAACAACGGCCUGCUCAUGACCCCGUGCUACACAGCCAACUUUGUGGCCCCUGAGGUGUUGAAGCGUCAGGGCUACGACGAAGGCUGUGACAUUUGGAGUUUGGGAGUCUUGCUGUACACAAUGCUGGCAGGUUUCACUCCUUUCGCCAACGGACCAGAAGACACUCCCAAUGAAAUCCUGAACAGGAUAGGCAACGGUCACUUCAGUUUGUCUGGAGGCAACUGGGACACAGUGUCCGAUGCUGCUAAGGACCUGGUGUCCAAGAUGCUCCACGUGGACCCGCAUCAGAGACUGAUCGCCAAGCAGGUCCUCCGGCACCCAUGGAUUGUUCAGAGAGACAAACUUCCCAACAGCCAGCUCCCACACCAGGACCCCAAACUCGUAAAGGGCGCCAUGGCAGCCACGUACUCGGCCCUGAAGAACUCGCAGCCCACUCCCGAGCUCAAACCCAUCGAGAGCUCCUUCCUAGCCCAGAGGCGCGUCAAAAAGCUUCCGUCCACCUCCCUGUAGACACUCUCCGUGCACCCCCUCUCGGGAAAAAGAAACCCAAUCGACCAGCUCGCCCGGGAGGGCGCUACCAGCCAAGGAACACUGACUGUGACCCCGAAAACCCGCGGAAACCCCCCCAUCUCGACUUCAAGCUGUUCACAAUUGUCGUGGACCGGCCAAAGAAGGAUGGGGGUGGAGGGAUUGUGUGUAAUGUGCGUGCGCUCCUGCAUGACCACCGUGCCACACAAGCCGGCUCAGCCAUCGUUGCUCGUCGUUCAGCUUUCUGCACGUUUAUUCGUCUGCCUGUUUUCUGUCUGUCCGUCUGUGUACGCAUGUGUGCGUAAAGAUGAUGAGCUUUACAUUAGCAGAUCGGCGCUGCUAAAUCCUUUCGUGCCGGCAGCACGGCGGCCGCAGUACUGUCCAAAAUGCUGUUUUUUCAGGGUGGGGUAAUGUGAAUCAAAGAAUAUAUAUUUGAAGAUAUAUACUUCUGCCAUAAAUGCCUCUUUGGCUUUGGUACAGCCAGAACAUGCGGAUCGUGGGGGAAAAAAUGUCCUUUCUUUGUUCGCGUCAAUUUCGUGUUUCUUUUACAGUGUCAGUUGCAUGAUUUGCUGUGUGUCGUUUCUUUCGACGUUUUAUUUGACUACACAUCUCGUACACUGGUGGCUUUCUGUGAAAGAGGCUCGGCAUGUUUCAACAUCUAUAUCGGCUUUGUGUUUCUUUACGUUUCUGUUUUUGAAUGCCGUUUCCUGUGCUGGCUGCUUUUGGUGUUGAUUUUUUUCGUCAGAGGAAAGCUUUAGGUUAAAAUAGUGCAAGGCAAACUGAGCACAUUACAGAUUUUUGUGUAAAAAAUACUAGAAAUUUAAGGUCUCAUUUCAAGAAAGAGGCUGAGCAGACUGUUCAUUCAAUGAAAUUUGUUAUUCGCUUCAUAUUCUGUACUUUGUCACGAAUGGUUAUGGCUUUAUGACCUUUUCAGGUGAACUUAAUUGGAUGCCAUUGACAGUUCAAAUUUCAGUUCAAAUGUAAAGGUUAUAAGUGUAUUUAAGGUAGUGAACGUUCACCGGAAAGCCCAACAUCCCUCAUUUUUUUGGGGACCGUAUUAAGUGAGAUCAGACUUUUCCUGCUGUUUCCACUUUGCAUAUUUUAAUAACUUCCCAUGGUAGGUCCUGCUUUCAGCCCGGUGCCUAAAGGACUACUUGUUGAGGAACGUGUCGAAUGUCUCGCGUAAAAGAAGGGAAGAGCUGUGUGGCUCCGUAAUCGUCCAACCAGUUGUCUUACCUCAAAAGGGAGCAUAAGGUUCUAUCAUUCAUUCUUUCUCGUGUGGUGGCAAAAAACAUUGUUCCUUUGACUAAAGUUGGUGUGUCUUACUGUAUGAUAAAGAUAAAAGAUUUUUAUAUCUUACAAAAUAUUAAAGGUUCAGUUGUUACAACAAACUGU